AUGAGAAAAGGACAUUUAUAUUUUCUGCAAUUUCUGAUGCUACUUGGAAGCAUAUGCGCAAAGCCUGCAAGAAAACCAUCUGCCCAAUAUGAAGCAAAUAAUCCUGUGAAUCAUAGCCACUCAAUGACAAAAAUACAAUUUAAAGAAAAAUUUAUGUCCAGCAUAGAAGGAAUAGAGUACAAUGAAAUGCACUUUCUAACAAUGUACUUUUCAUCCCGGGUACUUAAAUGGAAUUAUAUGUUUGUCUAUCCCAGUGAGAAGACACCAGAUGAAAAGAAGACCAAAAUGUUUGUUUACACAGAAAGUGACUCAGUACUUGAGAGUGCAAUUGUGCUUAAUGAUACAAUUGAUAUCAGUAAAGAUUUAAGUGAUCUCCAUAAAAAAAUCAAUCAGAAAAAGAAUAACGUAUACCUGGAGGAGAGCACAUUUCAGGAGGCUGGUAAGCUUUGCAUUCCAUUUACGAAUAAGCAAUUAGGAUACAGUAACCCAAAAAGCUUUUCAACCUGGCUCCCAAGGUUUAUUUAUCCAAAGGACCUGAUUACCUGGAUGCUCAGCAAAGAAAAGCCUUUUAUCCCAGAGAAGAGUGAAAUUGAGAAGAAGCUGCCAGUAAUCACACCUGCCUUCGUACUUGACGCACAGGAAUACAUAAAUAACACAGAAGAGAGUGCAGUUGUUACAUGGCUUGGGCAUGCGUCUGCUUUGGUGACUAUUUCUGGUAUAAAUAUUCUGGCAGAUCCUGUCUUCUCAAAGAGAGCAUCUUCUUUCCCAAAUACUAUAGGACCUAUAAGACACGUGCCCCCUCCAUGCACUGCAGAAGCCCUUCCCGUUGUGCAUGCUGUUCUUAUCUCGCACAGUCACCAUGACCAUUUUGAUCCUGAGGCAGUCAAAGUCAUUAGCAAAAAGUCCCCAGAUGCUGUCUGGUUUGUUCCCCUUGGGUUUGACGCGCACUUGAUGCAGUACGAUAUUAAAAAUAUAGUUUGCAUGGGAUGGGGAGAGAUAAAGACGCAUACAUACACUCUAGAAAGUGGAAAGAAGCGAAGGAUUAAGGUGACAUCUGUGCCUGCCCAGCACUGGGGGUGCAGAACAGGAAUUGACAUAUUCAGGGAACUAUGGUGUGGAUGGAUUGCCACUGUGUCUGAUGCCAAGGAUAGGUCUAUUUCAAAAACCAUGUACUUUGCAGGAGACACGGGAAUGUGCCGAAAGGAAUUCCUUAAGAUAGGAAUGUGGUUUAACAUUGAUCUAGCACUCAUCCCUAUUGGGUGCUAUGAACCAAGCUGGUUUAUAUAUCCACAGCACAUCUCCCCAAAGGAAGCCCUUAUUCUUCACCAAAUUAUUAAAGCAAAGAAGUCAGUGGCUAUUCACUGGGGAACCUAUGACAUGGGUACAACAGAAGAUUUCUUACAGCCAAGAGACGAUCUCAUAAGAGAUAGGGAGGCACUUGGGAUCGACUCUAGUGAGUUUAUUACUGUCUGCCCAGGUGAGCUUAUACCAUUUUAG